AUGAAUUUUCCGGCUUUCGGUCCGCCGUUCUCCGGUAUUCAUCAGUUUGCUGCCAAAAUUGGAUCCAACGAAGGGACCCCGUUCAGCAGCAGCAAUAGCACCGGGAACGGUGGAAAUGGCGGACUGUCGGCAGGACUCGGCGGCGGUUCCGCAGGUGCCAAUCUCGGGCAGCAGCAGCAGGACCUAAACCGCUAUCACGGUACCGCGAACGGGAAUCAUUUCAAUCAGAUUGCUACCUCAAUGACUCCGAUGUCUUAUGGUCAAAACAUCUCCCACUCGUACGGUAGCAGCACAAACCAACAGGCGGCCAAUGAUCAUUCGUUUGGCAACGGCAACAGCGCACCGAUGGGCAAGGGGGCCGCCCUUAAGAUGGACCGUGAGGAGAUGAUCAACCAGCAGAUACUGCAAAACGUUAACCAGUCCUGGCAGUCGCUAACCAAUCCGUCGAACGUGGAAUACUCGUCUCAUUUGCUGUCUGCCGCACUGCCCCUUUCGAUCCAGCAAUUCCUCAAAUACUCGGAAACGAUCAAAAAGGAAUCGAACACGGGAUCAGGGAUGAACUCUCCCGGUCCAUUGAGUGGUCUGAUUGGGGUCGAAACGAAUGCAUUCAACGUCCAGAAGGACCUGCUUAAUCUUAAGAAUGGUUCGAACCUCAAUCUAGCCCUCGGGAAUGCGGCAGUCAGUGCUGCGGCCGCCAGCCUCGGACUGAACCAUCAACAUUUGGCACAACAUCACCAACAGCACAGUGCCACCGGUAACCAUCACAGCGAUAAUGGAUUCACAAACCACCAGCAAACGCCAAACGCGGUGAACAGUCUUAUCAAUGGUAUCAAUGGCGGAGCGCAUCAUUCCGACAGUAGCAGCACCGUAAACGGGGCCACGGUAAACGGCACGGAUGGCACGGCCGCUGCACCUUCCACCACCGGCGAGAACGGGAAAACGAAGUCCAAAAAGCAGAAGAAACGCAAACCUCCGAAGGAAAAGAAACCGCGCCCGAAACCAGGACAAAUACGGGAAACGAAGGCGCUCGAUGGUUCGCCCCUGUUCUGUUGCCCCGAGUGCCAGAUGGCAUAUCCCGAGCGUGGUCUCAUUGAGCAACACGUCAUCUCGCACGCCGUCGAAAGGCGCUUCGUGUGCGAUAUUUGCAAUGCUGCGCUCAAGCGCAAGGAUCACCUGACGCGCCACAAACUGUCCCACAUUCCCGACCGACCGCACACCUGUAGCAUAUGUUUGAAGUCGUUCAAGCGCAAAGAACAGCUUACGCUACACAUCGUCAUACACACGGGAGAAAAGAAGCACAUAUGUGGCGAAUGUGGUAAAGGUUUCUACCGCAAAGACCAUCUCCGCAAGCACACACGCUCACACAUAGCACGGCGGGUUAAGUCGGAGAUGUCCGCCUCGACCGGAACGGGCAGUGGAAGCGGCGCGGGAAGCAACAAUCUGGCGCAGAACAACAGUGCCCUGGCGGGUUCACUGAUGGCCACCAACAUGCAGGGUGCACCGGUAACCGCUUCCUGA